AUUCACACUCAGGAUCUUGCCUGAACAGCAAACCAACUCACCACCCCUGACACCAUGAGCUACUACGGCGGCUACUACGGAGGCCUGGGCUGCGGCUGCAGAGGCUUCGGGGGCCUGGGCUACGGCUACGGCUGUGGCUGUGGCAGCUUCCGCAGACUGGGCUAUGGCUGUGGCUUUGGAGGCUACGGGUAUGGCUCUGGGUACGGAGGCUACGGGUACGGCUGCUGUCGCCCAUCUUGCUAUGGAGGAUAUGGUUUCUCUGGCUUCUACUGA